AUGCAUCAGCCGAGAGAUCAUCUAUCCCAAUUGUCAGAGGGGCAGGUAUUCCUGACAUCAUGUGAGGCCUUCCGGAUGAAGUUUGCCAGAUUGCAGGAGACGUUGAAAGAUCGACUCCCUAGCCAUAUGAUUCCCGAGCUGUGCAUCCCCAUGAGCGAGAUACCCUUGACCACGACGGGCAAGGCCAAUCGAAAAUACCUACGCGAGCAGGCGGCCCAGUUAUCUGUGGAGCAAAUUGACGGCUACUUAGGGGUUGCCACGAAUGAGACCCAGACACUGCCCGCGACCUCAACCGAGAAGACUCUGCAACGUAUAUGGUCUGAUGUGCUCAGCCUCCCGUUGGAUAAAAUCAGGAUUCAUGACAACUGGACUCGUCUAGGUGGGGAUUCCAUCUUGGCGAUGAAACUUGUUUCUCAGGCCCGGCACGAGGGCUACUCCUUUGUCGUCCCAGAUAUUCUUCGACAGAAAACAAUCCACGCUCUAGCCCGACUGGCAGAGGAACGGAAUGAAACACAUAAGGAACCGAGACACACGGAGCAGAUCAAGCCUUUCAAGCUGUUAGGACUCGACGCACCGAAGCUUCUCGACGACAUUGCUGAGCAGUGUCAAAUAGACCGCUCAUUGAUCGAGGAUGCAUAUCCUUGCGUUGGGCUGCAAUUCAGUGUCAUCGAUAUGGUCGUCCAGCGAGGGGCGAAUGUUACUAUGCGCCUAGAGGUCAAACUGCCAUCUGAUCUCGAUAAAGUUCGUCUCAUAAGGGCAUGGGACACAACAGUGGACUCCAAUCCACUUCUUCGCACGCGAAUUGCCAGGGAUCUUCGAGGCAGAUAUCUCCAGGCCGUGCUACGAGAGAGCAUCCCACUCUUGAAUCUGGGUGACGAGAGCAAGCUUAAUGUUGACUAUGCGCCGGGGCUGGAUAUUUGGCAACUCGGCAAACCAUUAGUCCGAGUUGCUAUUCAACAGGAUUUGCUUGUCAUGCUUAUUCACCAUGCCUUGUACGACGGCUUUUCUUGGCCGCUAAUUUUCAAUGAUAUCGAGCGAGCGUACCAGGGCCAGGUGCUUUCAUCUCAUACGUACGUGCCUUUUGUCAAAUGGGCAUAUGAGAUUAGGGAAUCGACGCGACAGUUCUGGGUUGACAAAUUUGCCGGCCUUCAUGGGCAGCCAUUCCCUCCGUUGCGGGACGCCAAUCUUGUGCCCAUGGAAACACGCAUUCUCCACUGCGAAAUGCCCAUAAUUCAUGAUGACUAUACGGUCGCCAACAAGAUUCGCCUGGCUUUGACAAUCACUAUGUCAUGGUAUCACCGAACCAAUGAUAUUUUCCUGGGCACCGUCUCUAGCCGACGGACAGUCCCUGUUCCAGAUGUCGCAACCCUGCCCGCCCCCACCGCGCAAAUUCUCCCUGAGCGGAUUCAGCUAAUGCCGGAGGAAUCACUGCAAAUGAAUAUGGACAUGGUGCAGGAGCAAGCGCUGACUACAAUAGAGUUUGAAGGAAUCAGUGUCGAGGAUAUUGCAGCGUUGACUCCCGAAGCGGCGCUAUCAUGUCAAUUCCAGACCCUGCUGGCUCUGCAAGGUGAGAAAGCUAUCAGCGACGAUAGUAUAUUCCGAGAUUGGCACAUGCCGGACUAUGGCGCGCAGGCAGCUUGGAACCUGAAGGUGAUCGGAACCCUGUCUUCUACCACCGUACGCGUUGCUCUCCAUGUGAGCGAAAAAACGGUGGAUCUUGAUAUCCAAUGGCAGCGAUUCUUUGAUCAAUUUCAAGCUGCCUUUGAUCUCAUACAGACCAAUCCCCAUUUGACUUUGGCAUCAGUCAUCUUGGAUGUGUUUAAUUUCCCCCAAAUUGGCUUGUAG